AUUACUAUUAUUGAGUUGAUUGAUUGCCCUUAUGCUUAUGAACCAAACUGGACCGACCGACAGACACCACCCGACCAGCCAGCAAGCAGCGCAGCCAGCAGCAGCAGCCUCCAGCCUCCCUCCGUAUGGAACAACAGCUGCUGCCUUUCUGGUCGGGCGAUCGCUGUUCGGCCGAAGCGGUCAUUCUUCGGCCGGCCAGGAACUGCCUGAUCCGAUCCGUGACUCGAAGCCGUCAACCAAAGAUCCCUUCAUCCAUCGUCUCGCCCUCACCAUCUAUCCAUCCCAUCCCAUCCCAUCCGACCAGCCACGAGGGGCUCCCGCCCGGGCGAGAUCCUCCGCUACAUAUACCCGCCCGCCGCCAGCUCUGACCCCCCUCCCCUCCUCCCCCAGUCCUCCUUCUCUCUCGCACUGAGCUGCGGCGCUGCCCCUCUCCCCCCCCCCCGAAUGAUUUCUGCACCCCACACCGCUGAUUCAUGGCCCUCCUCGGGGAUCAGACAGCAUGUGGCCUCAUGGGCGAACUCCCAAGGGUGGCUUUCCCCCCUGCAGGCAGGUCUGACUCGACACAUCGCGGCUGU